CGCGCUGCUGUCCUACCAUGGCGCGUGGGAGAGCCUGGGGCCUUCACCGCUCCAUGGGUGCCCGUUCCGAGCGCGCCGAAAGCGUUCCGUGGACGGACGUGCUAUCUAUCCCGCUGCAUGCACCGCACAAGACGAGGACAAGAAGACGAGUGCCCCGGCACCCGUUGCACCUUCCUCGCCCGCCUCGUUUGACCCGACCCGCACGCGCCUUCCUCCUCCACCUCCCGCCCAUUGCUGCACAUGAACUUGUCGGCUGAUUUCACCCCGCCAGGUCACGAAGAACCACUGUCGUCGCUGCCGGAGCUCACCCGCUUCAUCACCGCCCCCGAACAUGCCUCGCUGCCCAAGAACAAGAGCACGAGCAACCUGCUCGCACAGCGCUCGCCGGCGAGCCUGUCUGUGAAUACCAAACGCAUGAGCAUCGACGCGGGGCAGCUGGACAGGAUGGCCCGCUCACCCAUCGUCCCCGAACAUGAACACGGCCUGGGAGCGUCCGGCCUCCGCCGCAUACGCCAGCAGGGCCCAGGCUCCCGCGGCGUCUCUGCACACCGCGCUGCCUCGCUGAACAUCAAUCCUACGCCGCCCGCGUCGAGACAUCCCUCCUCCUCCGCGCCGACCGCCCCAAGCUCCCCCACGCUCGCCUUCGGAGAGGACCUCACCCGCUUCCCCAGCGAGUCGCUGCACUCCUUUUCGUUUGCAACCCAGUCUGACGAGUUCAUGCACAAUCGCCAGAACGUCCUGAAGCGGUCCAUAGACUUCAUGCAGAACAAGCUGGGCUGGGCAGCUACCAAUCCCGGCAUUGCACAGGCCCAGGCAAAGAUUAGCGGAGAUCAAGAGGUCCAGAGCAUGAUCGAGCUGCUGACCCGAGCCAACCUGAUCGGCAGCGAUGCCGCAGGUGCUCAUGGUCUGGGAACCCUUGGGCCGAUGACUGGGCCUGCUGAGAUGGAUGGAGAGAACCUGUUCGAGAAGAGCUUCGUCGAAAUACAGAGGUCGCAAAGUCCCGUGAGCAUCCUAAGCUCUGCCCGGUCACCAACCCUCAAGUCUCCCAUGGAUAUACGAAACGGCGACGCUACCGACGAGAACCUCGACGCAAGAAGCAGUUCUGUCUCUGAUCAGACCUCCGAAGCCUCAAGUCAACGAAUGGGCGCCUCGCCACCACCGCCGCAAAGACCCCAACGCGCAGCACUGAAGCGAACACUUACCGAUGUGGCACCACUUUCGAUACAACAUCAGCUGAACGAUGCCCUGGCCCAGCCCUAUCGCCUAGGCGACCAGGAUUUUACCAACCAGCUCAUGUCUCCGACCGUCCCUACUGCGACACCCAUUUCUAGCUUUCCAGGCCCGCAUUCAGCAGGCCCCGCUCCCCACGGCCAACACGGCAGUCGCUGGGCCCCAGCUGCGCAAGCAAUCUUCACUACCGAGGCCACAGCCCCUUGGACCAUCACCGCCGCCAACGACCUCGCAUGCCUAGUGUUCGGGGUGACACGAGCGGAGGUUCGGAAGCUGGGCAUACUGGAAGUCGUUCGAGAAGAACGGCGGAAAUGGCUUGAGGAUAAGCUGCGGGACCCACAAGUCGGAUCAAAGGCAUCCCGGGAUCCGCACAAUCAAAGUCAGCCAUCCCCCCCUGCUCCGACGACCACAUUGAAAGUUGGUAACGGCGUUACAGCGAGGCUACUCAGCAAGCCUUCGUCGCGGCAAGUUGCCCAGAAUAAGAACCGCCGUGCACAGACUGAUGACGGGAGCGGCUCGUCAUAUGCUCAGAAGCCUACCCCCAAGGCAGUCUCGCACCAUGAAUCCAAGCCUUCGAGGGGAGUUUUACUGUGCGGUGAUGUAGUGCCGAUUCAAAAGCGGAACGGCGCGACAGGUAGUGCUAGUUUGUGGGUCAAGGAAAAACGAGGUGGUCUAAUCUGGGUACUGGAAGAGAUCGCGGAAGACGUCGUGGAAAUUAACGUCGAUGAAGUAGGAUGUGUGGUGAAAGGAGUUGGCGCCAUGGAAGCGGUAUUUGGCAGCGAUCGGUUACGGAGAGGCAUGGACCUCAGCCGUCUUAUACCGGCAAUCCCAAGGGUCCAAGGAGUCUAUACCGGGGCUUUGGACUACGACAAAAUCGCCGAACUCCGCAACUUCACCGCUCGGACAGCGAACAGCAUAAAUAUACCCGUAACAGUCGAAGCCCUAGUUAGCGAGCCCACCUUCCGUGUCUCGAGCUUUCCUCACAUCGCUGGUAUAGUCGUGUUAUCGGCAUCGGACCUUACCAUCGGCAGCUCCAAUACAGUCUUCACGUCGGCCUUGUUCGGACAGGCAAAGCCUGACGGUCUCCACAUCACGCAGCUGAUACCCGGCUUUGACAAAAUUCUCAAUGUGAUGACGGAUGAAGACAAUGUAGAGCUUGUGGAUGGAAUCGUCAUUCCAGAGCAUAGUUUCCGGCGGGCGCGAGCACUCUUGGCUAUGCGAGAGGGGCGUGGCGAUGCAGCGACGCUUUUCCUCAAACCCAGCGGGCUUCCAGCGCUCCACCGGGACGGCACCGACAUUAUGGUAGACGUGCAGAUGAGAGUCGUGAAGAGCGAGAAAAAACCACUGUUCGACGAGCAAGUCAUCGAGGAAGAGAAUGCCACGCCCAGCCAAACACCAAUCGCGGAACUGGUAUUUGCGUUGUGGAUCACAUAUUCCAGACAAUUGCAUGCGGCUAAUCAGGGUGUCGGCCCUAUUACACCUCUCGUGUCACGACCAGGCACGCCUCCACACCAACCCUCACCCGGACAAUCAACCUUAAUCAACACUGAGGAAACUGAAUUUGAACAAAUGACGACCGACACGCACGUCUCUUUGCUAACGCAACAACUCCAACAAGCCAACCAAUCUGCUUCUUCCACCGAACCACGCACGACAACACCGCUCGAGGUCGCGAAGGAAGUCGACGAGCCGCCUCAGAAGAAGACCAUCAACGACUUCGUGGUGAUUGAAGAUAUGGGACAGGGCGCGUACGGCCAAGUCAAGCUGUGUCGAUCCAAGGGGCACAGCAGCAAGAAGUCUGUCAUCAAGUACGUGACGAAGCGACGGAUCCUUGUCGACACUUGGACGCGCGACCGUCGGCUCGGCACAGUACCCUUGGAGAUUCAUGUUUUGGAUUAUCUACGGAGAGACGGCUUCAAACACCCUAACAUUGUGGAGAUGACCGAUUUCUUCGAAGACGAUGUCAACUACUACAUUGAGAUGGUACCGCACGGUCUACCAGGCAUGGAUCUAUUCGACUAUAUCGAACUUCGCGUCAACAUGGAGGAGAAGGAAUGCCGAAAGAUCUUCGUACAGGUGGCGGAUGCGGUGCAUCACCUGCACACGAAAGCAAAGGUAGUACAUCGCGACAUCAAAGACGAGAACGUCAUCUUGGACGGAGAGGGCAACAUCAAGUUGAUCGACUUCGGUAGCGCAGCGUACAUCAAGAGCGGGCCCUUUGAUGUUUUUGUUGGGACUAUUGAUUACGCUGCUCCCGAAGUUCUCGCUGGCAAGGCAUACCGCGGCAAAGAACAGGACGUCUGGGCCCUCGGUAUCCUCCUUUACACCAUCGUAUACAAGGAAAACCCAUUCUACAGCAUCGACGAGAUCAUGGAUCACGACUUGCGCGUCCCCUACAUCAUGUCCGAAGAGAAUCUCGACUUGAUCCGACUCAUGCUCGACCGCGACGUCGAGCGACGCAUUACUAUUUCUCAGGUCUUGGAGCAUCCUUGGUGUCAGAUGACGGAUGGCGCUUCAUGAGCGUUUGACCGUGCAAGCACUUAGAGAUAGAAGAGGUGGUCUGCAAUUUGCAGCUACCGAAUGCAUGGCGAUGAGUGGCGCAGGCAUAUAGAGAAACGACCAAAUGAUGAACUGAAUGACGAUGAUUUUCCGGCAUUUGAGCACUGGGCUGUUUUGCAUGGGUGGGCGGGGUUUGCGCUUGGGUCAUGGAUGGCCAUGACGAGAGGAAAAUCAUAUUCUUGACGGUUGGACGUGGGUGAAAGCUCUUAGACGAAAAUGAAUACCCGAACGCGUGUAUACAUGCGGAUUGUUUGAUUCUCUUCUGAGAGAUAUCCGCGUGUGCGGCCAUGUGGUGGCAACGUGCACCUUUGAAGGAUCGUGAGGGAAGGCAUAUUCGUUGAACUAGUGCCCGU